GGCUCGCGUUGGGCCAUCAAUGCCUUUAACUUUAGUUGAUGCGGCCAGCUCUAGGCUCUAGCAUGGUGAACCGGUACCCUUGGACUUGUUAGAACAGGCGAACUAGAGCUGGUGCGAGCACCUACCUCCCCUUGUCUCCUUUCGCCAAUCGGAGCUGGAAGGUGGGACGCCAGGGGCUGAAGCAUCCAGUGUUUAGCUAAAUUAAUAACUGGUUCACUUUCUCUUCUUUUAACCUCGCCUCUUCUGCUUCGAUGAACGAGAGAUGAGCGUGAGAGAGCACAAUACAGCUGUAGCCCACGACCUCUUGAUGCUGUACUUGCUCAAAAAUCAGGGACAACGACGGACAACAUCUCUCCUCUAUAUACGUUAUUUUCCAUCUUCAGAUAUCAAGAAAGAACUGCUUCAUCUUCCAGAUCUGAAUCGCCUCCUUCUGCAAUUCGUGGACCACAUGGUCAAGAAUGACGAAAGCGUGCCUCAUGCCGCAGAAGAAUUGAUGGACAACUUUGCCAACCAAGUAUGGGACAAGCAGUACGACAAAGUAACGGCCUUGAUCAGGGAAGCAGCAAAAGCAGAGCCGAACGUGGUGAAGAAUAGUGUGCAGUGUACUACUCACUUCUUUGUACUGAUUAGUUUUAGCAGUUAGCAGGAUACUUUAGGAUACUUGUUGAUAGUUACCCUUUUCUCUUUUCUAUCUUCCUCUGGUCUGUCUUUUUUCUAGUUAGGUCGGCUCCACCACACUUAUUAUAAUGAUUUGGAUCGUCAGGUUUGUGAUUUGUUUAAAUCACGUUGAUGUCCUUGUUGUUGUUUUACAAAAGAGCGUUCCACCUGAUGUUUGCUUUUGAAUUUAGCUCCUUCUCACCCCACCUCUGUAAUAUCCACUUCUGGCUACGAGCUUUCUUAACCUUUAGUCCACUGAAAAAACCUCCCUUCAUAUUAACUUUCGGACGCACACUCCCAAAAAAACCUCUCUUCAUGCAAAAAGAUUACCACUGAAAAAACCUCCCUUCAUAGUAACUUUCGGACGCACACUCACUCACAAAAAACCUCCCGUCAUAUUUAUAAAAAGAUUAACUUGUUUCGGACGCACAUGAUCACAACACCAACCCACAAAAAACCUCUCUUCAUACAAAAAUAUUAACUUUCGGACGCACACAACACCAACAGUCCAAGGCGGUGACCUGCACAACGUGGUAGUUCCGGAUCACGGCGCACAUGUAGAGGGAGUACACGACUCCGAACGAGGAGACGAAAACUUCCAAAUUAGCGAUUACACACACAAGAAAGUGAGUGUAUCUACAGAUUUGUGGAAGAACCGGAGUAGCGUGAUCGAGCGACUAUUCCAAGUCAACCGUCACGACAGGGAUCUCGGACUGAUCAUGGGUAUUACUAUUCAUUUUUUUGCAGAAUCUCAAAUUGAGUCAAUAUGUGAUAAGCAGAAUUCUUAUCACAUAUUGAGUCAAUAUGUGAUAAGAAAGCUUAAUUAGUUUUAGCAGAUAGGAGGAUAUUUGAUGAUAGUUACCCAUUUCUCUUUUCUAUCUUCCUCUGGUCUUUGUUCUUUUUUCUACUUAGGUCGGCUCUACCACAAAUACGUGCUAAGAAAGUGCACAGGUCUAGGUCAACGCCUAAACCACUAAGCCGAUUGCGCAGUCGGCUUAGUGGUUUAGGCGUUGACCUGUACGCUUAUUAAUAGAAAUUGAAUGUUACUUGUUACUCCCACCUCUAGGAGGUGGCUUGAGCUUCUUCUUGAAGACCCUCUUUGCUUGCUAAAUGCUGAAAUGUUUGACCAUUACCAUUUCAACCAUGUUGAUGUGUAUACAACAUAUAUAUAAUUUCAUAUCAAGAAGUAGACCAAUAUCAAUAACAAUAUCCAUUCGAAUUCACGACUCUUCAAUAUCAAUCCCUCUCCAGGUCUCUCUGGAUGUCACAUUAUAGGAUUCGCGAAUGAGAGGCUAGUUCAUGACUUUGAGCUGGGGGAUCAGAUCGCGGCUGUGGACGGCAUACCAGUAGGCUGCUCGAUGGAACUCUGUCAGGCAAUCUAUCAAGAGGUUAUACAUUAUGGCUCACUGAUGUUUUCGCCUAGAAGGAAGUUUGAUGUGGUGAACAAACAGAAGAUUCCCGCUUGCUCUAGCUUGCUCUACUUUCAAUGGGACUUGAUCAUCCAUUCAGUUUGUAAGUAGAGCAAAAGCAAAACGUCGCAGAUACUUAUACAUAUAAGUAGAUAAAAGCAAAAUAAAGUUUUCUCCUCUAACGUUCGCGUGGCAAUGUGGGCGAUGCCUAUACGGAAGGAAACUCGUCAGGAAUAACACUGAGGCUGGCAGUCAAACGAGGCGCGGACGAAAUGAUGCGAAAGCUGAACGACGAGGGCUACUUGUGCCCAGAAGUUUUAUGGAAGGUGCUUCGGUCUCGAUCAGUAGUUUGAAAAUAGGAAUUAUAUUCAUAGCAGAAGUGACCAUUAGCCUCCCCACCUCUAAGACCCCAAGCAUUUUUCGCGAAUCGACGAGACAUGAUGAUUCUGGCGGGAGCAGCAUUGAAAUCCGCGUUAGCAUGUUUGCCAGGCGGAGAAGAUGCCAGCUUUGUCCUUGGGCAUUGCUGUCAAGAUACCGAAGAAGCAAAAUACCUCCUCAACGGAGUUCUGGGUAUAAAUCCAUGUUUCUUAUUGCUGUUACCCUCUCACUUUCAGAAUCUCAGGCUGCUCAUUGUUCUAGCUCCAUAGACCAUAGAAAAGCUAGCAAGACAUCACACUGACUUGUUUUUCCACCUUACAAAUAUGAGUCAUCUUUGAUCUUCCUGUUGAAGUACGCCACGACUUCAUGAAUAAAAGGGUAGUAGUGCCCCUAUAUGUGUACUAUGUAUAUGAGUUAUCUUUGAAAGAUUCUAUUUGUAUUUCUACCCACAAAUCACCACUCAGGAAACGUCCGCGAAGUGAAAAUCGAAUUAGAAUUUCUUCCUGGUCGACCAAAGAGCCUAGGUUUGGAGCUCGCCAUUGGCAGUACAAGAAUCCGGCGAUUUGCGCUGAAUGCCGCAAACUGCAAGUACGUUGGCAAGCACUACUUCGUUGCAGACGACGUGAUCAUUUUAUGACAAAGAAGAGCAAGUAGAAGCGCCGCAUCCACAUAGUCAACUUUUUCAACACAACAGUUUCAACGUCAGCGAAAUCCGUAAAACUCAGAAGAGAUUCAGGGAAGUCGUAGGACAAUUCCGAACCGACUAACAUCAUCAUCAUGACAAAGAAGAGAUGGACAAUUUGUUAUUCGCGACCAACGCCCGUUGGGUUCUUGUUGAAUCGUUGCUUUUGAUAGGAGUUCUCUUGUUGAAAAUGAAUAGGAGUUCUUGUUGAAAAUCAUGAUGGCACAGUAGUUUCUUCUUGUAUUAUAGGGAGCAUCAAGCGUUCAUGGUGCUUAUCUGUGUUGAAAGUUGUCGCAGGAAAGAUGUUUUGAAGAAGAUGAAUAAGUGUAAGUUAUACAUAAAUAAGUUAUACAUGGCGUCCAUCUCCUUUCAUAUCCCAGCGUUGGCGGAAUCAAGGUUGCGACGGAGCACGAGCUGAAAGAGGCCUAUGCCCAAAGUCGAGAUUUCCACGACACGAUCGCGUUCAUAGUGAAGAGAGAGGUAUUCUUUUUCGUACCACGUAGCACACUUCGUUCCGCUAUUCCAUAAACUUUUUCCGGUGUAGAGGAAAAGAAGCCGAAGAUUAAGAUGCAACGAUCAGACAAGUCAAACUACUAGGCAAUGAAGCAGUGCUAGCACCUGGUCAUCUUCAACCACUUCAUCUGCCUCUAUCCAAUCAGGUCGGCAACGAACAACCGGAACUAGAUUUUCAGCCGAAAGCUGAAUAUGUCCAUUAUGACAUGGAGAACCCCUUUGGUGUCCAGACGGUUUACACCGUAGACUUGGUGAAAAGCACCAUACCAGAAGAGUACCGAAAAGCGCUGGAGAAGGUACCAGACCUCAGGGUUUUAGAUUUCAGUACUCGGACUCGGCUAAUUCUAAUAUUACUGCUACUUAUUCCGGUCUUUCAUCCACAUCUAGUCAGUCCGAAUGUCGGUCAAUCCAACAUCCCUCUACUCUUGAGGUCGAGCGCCGCGGUUGGGCUGAGACCAAGUGGGAUCGAGGAUACACGUUACUUCAUUGGGCAGCGAGGUGCGGCGAGCUUGAACUAGUCAAGUUUCUAAUCGCAGCUUUCAACGCGGAUGUGAACAUGCGAGACGAACGAGGACUAUUGCCUAAGGAUCACGCAGCAAAGAAAGGGCACGUAGACGUCGUGCAGUUCUUCGCGGAUGUGUGCGGACAGCAUGAAGCAUAAGAAUAUGAAUGAUAUAACAAGAAGUACAACCUAUUUGUAAGAACUCGUCUGAGCUUCAGUGAUGAAAAAUAUAACACUUAGAAAUUAUUAGUAUCAUGAUCAACACGAUGAUCUUCAAACUAGUUAUAAUUGCACUCAUUCAACACUAGUUUUCAUAUUCAACAUACUUACAAAAAUAUUUCCCUAUCGAUCUUUGCGGAGCACCUGAUGUUUCCAUUACUCUGAAUACACCUUAAUAUGAUCUCUCUCCAUUAUUCUGAAUACAUCUUAUCGCUAUCUCCAUUAUUCUGAAUACAAAGUAGCAACUCGAAUAGUCAGUCUUAGAGGCGUACACAAUGAUCACACGAUUCAUCAAAAUGAAAACGAAAAUGAGACAAAAGCAAAACGUCCUUAUUCAUGAUCAUAUUCUAUGUUGCCAGGUUGCCUAAAGAGAGAACUACCACGAGCUUUCUUAUAGAAAAUAAAAGAAGAUGAACUAUGCCGAUUCAUUGCCUGAAAUUAGUCCGAAGUCUAUUACCAUCUAAACGAUCGAUGAAAGAGAAUCCUAUUUCUAUUGAACUGUGAGAAAGUAUUAGUCAGUUGUUGUUUCGUUGUAGGUAUAGUCUCACAAUUGCAAGGGUGAGCAUGCGAAACACCUUAGUCAUUCGUUCCAAGAAGCAGUAGCUGGUGCAGGAGAAAUUUUUAUAUAAAGUAUAGGCCUUCAAAGUGUCUAGAGAUUCAUUCUUGAUCUUCCACGAUAAUCAUCGAUCACGAUUCGUCAGUGAGGAAAUAUUAGUACACUUGUAGAAAGUAUUACCGAGUAUGUUGUCGAGAUUGCAUAAAUAAGACGGCCUCAUUAACGUUGGUCAAGACGUAAUACGAGGUAUCAUGACAUGACAUACAGUGAUGGUCAUUCAUUUGUAUAGGUAAGUAAACCGAUACUGUUGCAUGUAAUCCCAAGUAGAAAGGUCCUAGUGACGUGAUCGAGACCCUUGAACUUGAACUCGUCGUAUUAUUGCUCGAAUAUUCCGAGUCGGAGCAUCGGCAACUCCUCUCAACGAGUCUGUAAGGAGCUUAAGCCAAUGUAUAAAUCCAAGAUGCUCACACCCCACUCUGCAACGGGACUCGCAUCCUCACAAGUCCGA